CGGGGCCACUUGCUGCUGCCCCGCCGCCCCCGCCGCCUGCCGCCGCCAUGGGUCGACAGAAGGAGCUGGUGUCCCGCUGCGGAGAGAUGCUCCACAUCCGCUACCGGCUGCUCCGCCAGGCGCUGGCUGAGUGCCUGGGGACCCUCAUCCUUGUGAUGUUUGGCUGUGGCUCCGUGGCCCAGGUCGUGCUCAGCCGUGGCACUCACGGUGGUUUCCUCACCAUCAACCUGGCCUUCGGCUUCGCUGUCACCCUGGGCAUCCUUGUCGCUGGCCAGGUCUCCGGGGCGCACCUGAACCCUGCUGUGACCUUUGCCAUGUGCUUCCUGGCCCGCGAGCCCUGGAUCAAGCUGCCCAUCUACACCCUGGCUCAGACGCUGGGAGCCUUCCUGGGUGCUGGGAUCAUUUUUGGGCUGUAUUAUGAUGCAAUCUGGGCCUUCGCCAACAACCAGCUUAUAGUCUCGGGCCCCAAUGGCACCGCUGGCAUCUUUGCCACCUACCCCUCUGGACACUUGGACAUGGUCAAUGGCUUCUUCGACCAGUUCAUUGGCACAGCUGCCCUCAUCGUGUGUGUGCUGGCCAUUGUUGACCCCUACAACAACCCCGUCCCCCGAGGCCUGGAGGCCUUCACUGUGGGCCUGGUGGUCCUGGUCAUCGGCACCUCCAUGGGCUUCAACUCUGGCUACGCCGUCAACCCUGCCCGGGACUUCGGCCCCCGCCUUUUCACCGCUAUCGCUGGCUGGGGCUCCGAAGUCUUCACGACCGGCCGCCACUGGUGGUGGGUGCCCAUCAUCUCUCCGCUCCUGGGCUCCAUUGCGGGUGUCUUCGUGUACCAGCUCAUGAUCGGCUGCCACCUGGAGCAGCCCCCACCCUCCACUGAGCAGGAGAACGUGAAGCUGGCCCAUGUGAAGCACAAGGAGCAGAUCUGAGUGGGCAGGGGCCCUUCCACCCGCCCCCACUCCCCGGAGCAUCCAGUGACUUUGCAGGGGCAGCUCCCCCAGCCUUCACGAUCCCCCUCCCAGGCUGAGAAGCUCCUUGUCUACCCUCACCCCACUGGACGGCCCCCUCCAGGAUUUUCCCCUGGGCCCUCCCCACAUGGGACCUUAAGCUGAGGUGGGGCAGGGAUUAGGGCCACCGUCUCUGAAUGGGCAGCAGGUGUGUGAGUGUGUGUGCACGUACAUGUGUGUGGUUUCCCAGAUAUUCAGGGCAAGGGACCAAGUGGAAAGGAGUCAGGCUGCGGGGGAGCCCCGAGGGAGGGGGCUGGUGAUGUGUCCGUCUGUGGGCGAGGAGAGUGCCGGGGGUCUGCACGUUUCACGGGCUCCAUGGGAGGAGGGUCCAAAUCCAUGUGUUUCUGAGUCUGUGUUUUUCUAAGCAAGGGGCUUCUGUAGGCUUUGGGGGAGGCAGGGUGGGACAGUGGGUAGGACUGGGGGCGGGGCCACAGCCCAGGUGUGGGGCUCUGGCAGAGUGACGUGUUUCUGUCAUAAUGUGGGCAUGAGGGAUGGGGUGAAGUCCAGGUCACAAGUUUCAUGUUGGCUUUUUUUUUUAUUGUGUAUGGCAGAUGUUACAGUUUUAGGGAGACUCUAAGUAGGGUCUUCACUCCUUUAAUCCUCACUCAACAUAUGUACUCUUUUGCCUUUUGUAAGAAAACAAUAAAAUGUAUAAAACCUA